UUGUUGUGUGUGCGGUCGUUCGUUCGUUCGACCGACAGAUAUUCGACAAGUAAGAUGGCGGCGAUUAAUGUGAAAGGCGAAACGUUGUCGUAUUUUAACUUGUAAAUAAAGUAAUUCGUUGUUUGAAACAUUCUACGUACUAAGCAAAGGAAUGGAAGAUUAGUCCUCGCACGUGUAAAUAAAACAAGAAGUGGAUUAUUGUGUGCGUCGCUAAAUUUGAGUGGCUUUUUAUUUCACAAUAGACAAAACCCGUCGCAACGAGCACUCGAGGAGUCGAGGCCAUAUUUAUGAUGUUAUCUGUCGUGUGAGCGUCCUUUGAAACCACAUUUAUAAAUGAUCGUAGAAAACGAAGACGAUGGGAAGUUUUCUCCUUGUGUAAAGAGUUACUAGUUGAACAUGAGUUCCAGUGCUUGAGUUAAAUGGUAGUAAACAAUACAAUUUAUGGUGUAUUGCAAACUAUGGAUGAAAGUGUGGACUUCUAUUGACAAAUUACAUACAUUGAACCUAACACAUCACGGAGGUGGUAAUGGAUCCAGUAGGACCAUGGUCAGCAUAUGCAUCAUACAAUCGGCUAGCGGGGGUUCAGGCUGGUGCUGCAAGUGGCGACUUUCAUCACCACCUAGCAAGCAGUGGCUCAGGACUAGGCGGCCAGACAGUACCGUCAACUACAAGUCAAUUACUGCUUCAAGCGGCUCAUACCACAGCGUCACUAGCGGGACAGCUUGGCUCAUCAACUGCCUCACCAUUUAACCCAGGAGGAUUUCUUUCUCCACCAGCUGUUGGUUAUGAUGCAGUGUUUUCUCCAUUAUUUCAUCAUGCCAAUCCGAAGCCUGCACAUUAUAGCUCUUCGUUACAAGCACAACAUCGACAAGUUAUAGCUCAAGCUCAAGCAGCUGUAGCUUCUAAACAGUCUUCAGUGGAAUCUGAAUUAUCUACCUUAAGAGAGAAUUAUUCUCACCAAACACUUGCAGCACAAGGAGCAUCAUUUUUUGAUCAAUCGUCAACCCCAGGUGGCACUGCUGGAUUAAGUUGGCAGGGGAAUAAUCAACUCCCAAGCCCAUUUGGAAUAUUACCACAUGAAAGUGUUGUGCCCUCGUCACCAAGCCCUGCUACAACAAAGUCAUCAGCAACAUAUGAAAACUUUAAUGCUCAUUUUGCUGCAGCACAAACUCUUAAUAAUCAUCUCAACUCGCAGAUUUCUAGUUCGGGUAAACAAACAAAUAGGUCAGGUUCACCAGCCACUGCAUCAAAACAACCUGCUACGUCAACAUCAUCAUCAACAUUUUUUCAAUCUCCUUCAUCCUUUGGAAAUCAGACUGAUAAUUCUUAUAGUACAAGCAGUGCAAAGAGUGGUCAACUGUCAUCACAGCAGGAUUAUGCUGGAAGUAAGUCUUAUUCAAGUUCUGCAAGUUCAACUGCUCAUUCACAACAAUCGUGUAUAGUGUCAACUCCACCAGUCACAUCCUCUCCAACCCCUCCUAGUAAAGAUUACCGGACUGUGGUCACAUCUGGUACAACUAGGCCUUCCACUUCUAUAUAUAAUGCCCAGUCUCCCAAAAAUACAACCAGUGAAAAGUCUUCUAGACAAGUAUCUAAUAGUAGUAGUAGCAACUUUGUAUCUCCUACAUCUAAACCUCCACAAGUUCAAACUAAAGCCCAAAGUAAAAUUUAUCCAGAGUUAAACAGUGAACAGAGAAAGGGUUGUGAUUCGAAUGAUAAGUUGCAACCUCAAUCAUCUCCUAUUAGUUAUUCUAUAAUGGAUGCUCCAGGAAGACUAAACUAUAGUGGGAACAGCGGAACUUCCACUAAACCCAACAGAAUUGGGAGUUCCCAAUACACUACUUCUCAGGGCUCUAGUUUUAGACAUUAUCAAAGUGGAAAUAAUGUUGAGUCAGAUUAUCAUGUCCGUGCAAAAAGUAGUUCUAGUACUGAUACGGGAUACUCAAGUAGUAGUUCACAAAAUGGUCCUGAUUGUGGUGUAGUUGUUGCAAGGAGGCAAAGUCCAUCACAAGCCCCGCAAACAUCACCACUAGGUCAUGGAUCAAGUCCUGCAUAUCCCAUGUAUCAUAGUCCAAUGAAUUCAAUGAAUUCUCCCCAACAACAUAAUGAUCAUUAUAAUAAGCUUAACAGUGUACCGCCACGUUCUCCAUUAGAUGCUUCUGUUACGAGACCACCAUCCCAAAAUAGUCAAGUAGCAUAUCCUUCUGUUAUAACUAGGGCUCUAGGUCUAGAACAAAAUAAAACAUACACAGAGAAUAGAUAUGAGCGUAAUCAGAGUCAAUCAUCUGGCGCAACGUGUUGGGAGAAUGAGCGUCAAUCAACAAGAAAAUAUUCUAGCACUAAUAAUACUAGUUAUAAUAAUAAUGGCUUGUCAGAAAGUAAUACUCAUAAUGAUGAACCCUCCACUCAACCACAAAAUCCGACCCCCAAUAGAAGUUUAGCAACAGAUAAACACCAUAAUUAUUUUGAUGGUAAUAAUGUAGCUUUACAAGAUCUCUCUAGUUGUAGAGGUGAUCCCAUGAGCAUAGUGAAGAAUUUACAAAAUCUUCAACAAAGUUGUCAGUUACAAGAUGUAAAGGCAACCAAAGGCCAAACACCAACAACACCUACAGUAACCACAAAAACAGCCACAAGAAGAAAAAGUACAGAGAAACCACUUUCUCACACAAAUAUGAAUGAAUUAUCAACUGCUGUUAUGGCAGAUUACUUAGCAAACAGAAUUCCUCCCCCCGCCCAUAGUUCUACUAGUAAUCAGCAACAAAAUGGCAGUUAUUUUGAUUUUGAAAGGUGGAAUCUUCCACCCCCUCCUCCUAAAAUGUUUCCUGGCACAUCUGCUUUCGGUUCCCAAGCCCCUUUACACGCUACAAAUUUCGCUAAUCAGCAUCAAGCACUAGCUAUGCCGCAUGGACACGCCUUAACGUAUUUCCCGCCCUUUCACCUAGGCCCUCAUCCUGAAUUUCAAUCCUCUGUGGAGUUAACACCGUUGUCCUCAUUUAGCGAGACUCCACCUUCGGCUUCCUCAUCAUCUUUUUCGACACCUGAAACACGUGAAGAGGAACAGCCUAAGGUGGUAGUGCCUAAUAUAGAGGAAGAACUUGGUUUCCUUGCAGAACAACGAGCAAAUACUGCAUCGUCGGUAGCACCCUCUUCACAGCAGCAGAACAUAAACAGCACUUCACAAGACGCUACUUCAAAAGUUAUGGAUAAAAAAUUCAAUGUCCCGGUCACGGGCCCCGGCUCAGGUUUCAUGGCUUCGUAUUUAAAGUUUUUACAAGGAGAGCGCGAUACGUCUCCUCCUCCGGCCGGCAGAGGCGCCAGGAAAUCCACGUGGUCUAGAACAAAUACUAAUAGCAAUACAAAUAAUAAGCCUUACACCCCAAACGACCAUAAUAAAAGCCAGUGUGACACAAAUCCGACACACCAAAGUGCUAACGGUGCAAUGGCGCCAACCAAUGUUAUAAACGCAGGAAUGUCAAUGGGUAAUCCAGUCAUGAGCUCUUCAGCAAGCAUGAGCACGACAGGCCUGUUGGGUGCUAACCAGUUACACGGCGGAUCGUCAAACCUUCUCACUUCCCAAGGGAAAGGCGUAGAGUUGGACGAUCCACGUUAUUAUAAUUUAAAUAAGGACAGAAAACGUAAAUACGACGGCAGCGAAGAGGCCGCGUACGAUGCGGAAGAGGAAGCGCGACGGUUACACAAGCCCGUGCUAAACGUGCCUAGUACGCCUCUAAACGACAAAGGGAAAAAGGGUCGGACGACAAUGAACAAGCCGACACCCUCAGCCGUAGUGGCGCCUCAGCCGGCCGCGCCUAAGAAGCCACGACCUCCUGCGCCGCCGCCCGUGGCUUCGCUGCAGGCAGCGCCACAGCAACAAUACUAUUACCAACACCAGCCUGAUGAAGUGUCUGGUCAUGGGACUAAUUUGGGCUAUGGGAUCUAUGGGACGACGGACAACGACAAUAACGCGAACAGAAAAUUACAUCACAUCAAUAAAUCGCAUCAACAAAUCACUUCUACAACGCAAAUGGAAACCUCUAGACCGAUCGAAGAAAUGCCUUAUCAGUCUGGAGAGUUUGUAGCGCUAAAAACUGAUUUAAACGAAAUGUGGCCAGCUAUUUGGAGAGUAGACGGGAAGACCUUGCUUCAAAAACAUGAACCAUUCGAAGAGAAUGGAAAAGUUUUGUAUAGAAAUAUAUCUACAUACACCGUUUGGAAUCCUGAAAAUAAAAAAUUAUACACACAAGUUCCGGUAAAAGUUCGAUCACAAACUCAUCUGGAAACAAUAGUCGAAUUGGUCAGAAGUGAAUUGCCAUUUGACGAUUGUAACUUUAUAGAAAAGAGAAUGCUCGAGACUCAAAUGUAUCAGGAAAACUUUGAGGUUUACAUCCAGACUUUGAUCUCUCACGCGCUCGACCCCAAUUUCCUUACGGAAAUAUUUCAGGAACAAGACGAAUACUUCUUGUCGAACGUGAAGACGGUGGACGAGGUGACGGAGACGAUGCGGGCGCGCGUGUCGUGCAGCGCGGGCGGGGCGGGCGGGGCGAGCGGGGCGGGCGGCGCGGGCGCGGCGGGGGCGGGCGGCGGCGCGCGCGCACUGGACGCGGCCGUGGCGACGUGGCCCACGCUGAGCGUGGCGGCGGGCUCGGGCGCCUGCCGCGCCUGCGCGCGGCCCGCGGUGGCGCGCAUGCUGCUGUUCGGCCAGCCCUACAACCCCGCCACGCUGGAGCCCGUGCAGCCCGACGCGAGACUCGCCUAUGAAAAGGAAUUCCUCGUUUGUGCAACGUGUUGUGGCCGCGCGCAGUUAUAUUCAAGAAUAUCACAUCAGAAGUAUCUCAUGUACAUAGAAUGCAGUAAACGUGUCGACGACAAGCGUAUGCAGAACCCCAGUAAAGAUACAACUGUGAUUCUCAACGAAUUGUUGGCGGACGAAGUGUGGUUAUCCCAGUUGUUCCGCAACGUGCGGCACUCGUGGGCGGAGGCGGAGUCGUGGGAGCGCAAGAUGCGGCACGCCAUGUCGCGCCAGAUGAUAUAACAGUAACCUCACGUACAGCCGCCGGACACGUGCGCCGACCCGCAGACUAGAUCAUAUUUUGUAAGGACGAUUGAACGUUUCAUUUUAUACCUGUGACAUACGUGCUCUACAUGUGUAAUUCCUUUGUUUUACGACAUAAUUUUUAGCAUUUAUUGAGUUUCUUUAAAUCUGGGGCAGGAUCUUUCUUUAUAGGUUAAAUGUGCAUAGCUAUGUUUUUGUUUAGUUUGGGAAGUGUGAAUAUCUCAAAAGUUCUAUUUGGCUGUUACUUAGUAUUUAUUUUAUAUGUUCCGGUGCCAUCCUUUGGACGAUUUGUCUAUUACAGGCGGUUGCUUUACGACCUGUCCUCGUAUAAUCUUUGCUUACAUAGAUUAAUUGAAUCAGCACUGGGCCAGGAUGUUGCAGCUUCGAAAUGUUGCGAUAUAGCAUGAUUACUUUUUUAGGUUACUAUAAGUACGCCAACUGGGCUUAAGUGUUAAUAUAAACAUCAACAUGACGGGACUUAAUAUUGACAGACAACAAAAAGAUGCAUGGUGGCUCAUUUACAUUAUUUUACGCUUCGUUUUAUAUCGCCUAUUUCAGAAACUUUUAGUUUUCAUCUACGGGGUAGUUUUGGACGGAAGUAUCAAUUAUAAGCUUAAUUACAGAUCAAUUGUUUACUUAUCAAAUAUCAAACGUAAGCCUAAUAGUUUUUCGUUAAGUUCAUUUCUUCUCUUAAUACAAAAUACACGUCUAAAAACGGUUUUUUAUUCGGAAACAAUUCUAACCAAGAUAAUUAAUAUAUAUUUGGAUGAAACUCUUAAAAACGAGCCUAUAAAUACUUUAAUUUUAAAUGCCUUCUAUUUUGAGAUUUUUGUAGUUUUAUUUUACUUAAAUAAAACACAGUUGAAUGUUGCUACAUUGGAACGCACCAUCGAAAAGUGUAAAGUUGUCAAAAAUCUAAUUUAUGUCUCUGAGAAUAACAUAAAUGUCUUUUUAUAAGAUUUUUUUUUACAUGAUACUUCCUAUAAGGCGAAAGACAAUAACCGACAGCUACUUAUAUCAAAAACAUCACAUUUUUGAUAGUUACCUAUUCCACUUCUUUUAACAAAUCAAUGAAGCUAUUUUUAUGAUUUGCUCCGCCACAACAUUUCAUCUUAUUUGUCUUAUAAAUUGAGGGGUCUAAAAUUAAUAAUUUAACGAUUCCAAGCUUCAUAUUUUUGCCACUUUAUGGUCCAAUAAGUUUGAGGUUGGUUAGAAUUUUUUUGAAAUAACGAACCAGCGCCCAUACAAAAUGCCAACAUCUUUGAUUAUAAUAUAUGUGUAUUAAGUUUAUGGUUAUUAUUCAUUAAUUAUUAAAAGUUUCAAUUCUACUUUCUUUUUAUAACCUUAACAAUAAGCUACAAGUUAUUGAUACUUCAUUUCUACAACACACAGUAUAAACAUUCGAUACAAGAACAAUAAUCUUAUUAAACAAUUUAAAUGUUAUGUGUUUUGAAUUUUGAUACUUAGAGGGAGGAUCUUUUAGUACUUAAAAAACAAAAGAGAAUAUUACGUACAACAAAUGAGGUAGUAUCUAGAUAAGUAAUAGAUAUGUAUCCAGUCGACUUUAAGGAUCAAAAUUAUUUUAACUUUUAUUAAUAUUACUGAACAUUUUAAUUUCAUUAUCAUGAUAUAUUAGUACAUUCUACUAAUAAAAGCGAACAAAAGUGCUGCUAAUUAGAACAAAAUACAUACACGCAUACUGAAGCCUUUUAAGUAGUUGAAUUUGUCCUCACAUGACCAUGGAAUUCUCUUUUAGUAAAAUAUGUAAAUGGGCCAUUGUGUACAGGUUAAUUAACUGAAGCGGGCAUGUUCACUACUCACACCAAUACAAUCUUACACCGAAAAAGUUUCAUAAUAUAAUUGAAGAGACGGAUACAUAGAUCCAAAUAAAACAUCAUUUUAUAUUUUUAUGCAUUGCGUUUUCACGACGACUAGUGUAAGUUUAUUCACAGACACUACACAUGCAAUUUGCAAGUGUGGUGUACGCGCCAGCUUUAGAUAAUCGGCCUAUACUUUGUAUAUCCUAAUGCGUCAUUACAAACACUGCUGAGUUUAUAUCAAAAGUAUUUUAGUUAACUAUAAAACCUGUGGUACAUACUUUGUUCGACAAUCGGGCUAAUAAACGUUGUAUAGCGCUCUUAGUGUAAAAUCUAUUUAGCGACAGCGUCGGACAAAUGCAGUCGCUCCACUUCAAUUGAACCUCUGUAAUUUUAACUUUUACACUAAUACAAAAUAAUUUUAAUACACCAAUACAGCGUUUAUUGCUAAAAUGUAAGAUCUUGGUGAGCAAUUUUUAUUUUGGAAUAAAUAUACUGUCUUUUCAAUGAUCACUUAUGAUAUUGUAAUGAAUUUGAUUAAAGAGAUAACUAAUGAAAACAAUAUAUAAAUUAAAUUACUCAACAUAAAAUUUUAUUCAAGUGUCUUGUAGUGGCGAGUGCAGUGUAGUACAUACCAAGCAGUAUUUUAAUAGGAGGUAUAUACCAUCAUGAAGCAAUCGACCUCGUCGCGUUAUUCAGUUGUACAAGAAAGCGAUUCGUUUCCAACUGAAACCAUACCCGGAAAAAACUUGCCUCUAACUAUAAUGUGUUAUAUUGAACGAUUCAACUGUAAUAUCGAUCAAUUUUAAUGUUAACCUAUUGACAAGGCUGUGUAUUAAUAAUUUUGUAUUGAUAAUAUAUAACUGUUCAGACUUAUAAGAAAACCCAGUGAUUGGAAAAGGACACAAAUGUUACAAAAGCGAUUAAACCAUUUACAAAUUCACGGGUAUUUUGUUGUUAUUUGCAAUUAUUUUAAGUUGUGUUUAUUUUUAUUCAUAUAAAAAUUAAGUUAUUAAUAUUGCAGGCCUAAAAUUAUUGCCCAGUUCUUUUUCUCCCUAUUAUUUUCAAUACAACGGUUGUUCAUAUUAGUCAAUAAAUAUUUGUUAAGAAACUCCACUUUUAAAUAUUUUACAUUAUGAUAAUAAUUAGCCUAAUACCAAUACUAAACUGAGGGAUUUCGCCCGUAUAAGUACCUCUAACACUCUUAAGGAAUGGUAAAAAAAAAACAAUUAAAAAUCUCAUACACUCCUAGAAUAAGGUUACUUGCGCCUUUACAGAAAACACAAAGGGAUGUUGACUGAUAUGAAAUUUACUUAAUCUAAUUUCGCUUUCAUGACAGGCACGUAAGCAAAAUAUAAACAAAAUAUAUAGAAAAAUCUUUCUUCCCACAUAAACUGUAAACUUUUAUAAAUCGUGACGUCACUGGUAGGUCAUGUUUUCCUCUAACAGAAAAAAAUGGGAUUUCUUUUUCUUUCUGUCAUUGCCCAUAUUUGCUUUUUUUCUUCAUUUUUACAGGAUUGUAGUUUAUAAUCAAAAGUAAAGAUAAUACACCAGUUAACAUCCCUUAUGUACAUAAAACAAUGAAUAAAAGUAUUGUGUAUUUAUUUUGAAAAUUGAUUCCAUUCAGGCUGUUGUCUAAUGCGUUAUGCAUACCUAAAUAAUUAUGAAAAAGUACUUAUGACUUUUUGUUUAGAAUGAAUACGCAAAUUUGUAGCAUGUUUAUUUGCUUUUAUUUGAAUAGAAAAAAAUAAUAUUUCCUUAAACUAUUCAAUAUUCUUGAAUUAAGGCUUGUAUGAUUGUAUCACAAUAGUUGCUUUAUGUUGGUAAUAUGUUACAGUCACAGUAUUUAAAGCUCUUAGUAAUAAUAAUUACUAUUAAAUUUAAUAAAUAAUAAUUGCAAGCUUUGAUAAUUUCAUUAAUAAAUUAAAAAUCCCUGGUAAAUUAAAAAUUAUGAAUAGUUUUCAUUUCAUUACAUUGACUGUAGCAUAAUAUAUAUAUUUUGUCACGUGAAGCACGAUAAGUAUUUUUUUUUUUUUUUCAAUAAUGAUUAAACAUGGUUUAUUUUGCAAUGGAUGUCACAUCAGGGGCCUCAUUCUAUUCAGUGUAAACUCGUAACAUGGUUAGGUUAUGUUAUGUUUGUGAAAUUAACAUGAUAUGGUAUUCUGUAUGCCGAUUUCUAUUUUCAUAAACGCGAUGCGCUGCGUUAGGCUCUUUUUACGCAUUGUCAAAAUAACGUGUGACAUAGGGAAUAAGGCCUCUGCGCGACACUUAUGAGCUCAUGGUCACAUUAGUCGAUGUGGCAUUUUGAUUAAGACAAUGAAUUUCACUGUUAAACUAUACGCAAAACAUAAAUCAAUUAUGUGGAAUUAAAAUUGCAUUAUACGUGCAUACCAGACAUUAAUUGUUUCUCGAUAAAAUAUAGGGUGUAAAGAACCGCUCCCGAAAUUUAGGAACAGUUAUUUCUGGUAACGAUAAGUACCAUUUAAAAAUGGCGAUAAAAUAAUUAUAAUAUUAUCAGAUCACCAUAAAAUUAAUAGGUAAAAGUGUUUUGUAUUUUUGCACAGCAAAAAGAUUUAAAAUAAAACUUAAACAAAACAAAGACAUAUGUGUUAAAAGAAACCAUAAUGUACCACAAAUAAUUAGCUGAGGUGCCAGGUCAACGAUUUCAAGAGGGGCGCACCACGAAUAAUUCCAAAACUAAAUUAAAAUAAUUGGAUAAAAAAAAAUUGUGUCAUCAUCUCAGCUAUCACCAGCACUCUAACCUGUCUUCGUUUUCGGGAGUGAUUACUUCUUCCUUUAGACACAAUAUAAAUUUAUCAACAAAAUAUAUAUAUCACCACCUUCAUUCCCUUUCUUUCAUUUACAAUUUAAAACAAUUAUUUUUAUGUACUCAGUAACACUGUAUUAAGCAGUAUCUCGCUGUUGAAGACAUAAUCGGUUUAAAAAAAUGUCCUAUGAUAUUUAAACUUCUCUGAGUAGAUAAACAAUUAAUAAAGACCAUAAAUAGGCUUGCAAGAAAAGGGGAGGCAUAUAGAUGUUUUGGGAAGAAAAUUAGACCAUUAAAAUGUACAUUGCAGAUACGUUUAGUAAAAAAUACGUAACUUGCCGGUAAUAAGAAUAGCAGUAUGCAUGCAUAGUUUUAUAAUUGUGUUUUUGUUGCCUGUUAAUAACAUAAUAUAUUGUAUAGAGGUACGUUUAUGAAAAAAAAAACUAUACUUUUACAUAGUGAAUAAGUACAUCCUUUUAUUUGCAUAUUAAAAAAUUGGUUACUAAUUAUAUUUGGAAAUUAAAGCUGCUCACAAUAUGAGGUAUAUUCUAAUAAAAGUACCCCUCAUAUAAGUUGAACCCUUCUACUAUUUAAACACCAAAUUAACGUGCAGUAAGGCUACAAUAUUAUGUUAUUGUAAUGUUUAUGGUAAUUGAUUUUUAUCAGAGAUUCUUGUCUAUAAAACAACCGUUAUAGAAAAUGCAUCAUGAUUAUCACUAAUAGUAUUUAUACUAAUGCUUUACGUAAAACUGAUAAUGUUCAGGCUAAGGAAAUAAGUACUAAAGAUUAUAAUAUGGGUACCGCAUCCAAAUGGUUAUAUGUGGUAGCAUUUUUUAUAUGAAUAAUAUGAGGUAAUGUGGAGUUGUAACAUUGGCUAUCUCCUUCAUUCAUACGCAUCAUACUGCCAGUGAUUUCACCUUUUCAUUCGUACAUUCUUUUCUAUCAUUUCUCUUGUAUCUUAUCGUAUUUAUUCCUGAUUGUAUUUUUUUUUGCCAAAUUUCGUUAGGAUAUCCUAUGUUAUUGUCAUAAAUAAUGACACAUACCCUAUUUGUUCGUACCUUUAUAUUAUAUCGUAAAGUACUAGUACUUACCUACAUUUAUAUUGAAUUCUGUAUCGAGAAUCGAUGCUAUAAAAAUAUGUUAAACAUCACAAAAUAUGUUACAGGCUGUAUGCAUUGAAUAUAACGUGCUUACAAUCAUUGGUGGUCCAAAUUGCUUUAAAAUGAGAAAAAUAGUCUCACAUUCCGGAGCCAUUUCUUCAAUUUCAUUUUUUUUAUAACUGAUGGUUUUAUAAUAUAUCUGCCCUAAUUUAUACUUAAAUGAACAAAAUGUGACGAUAUUAUAUUUCUACGAAAAAUAAGUACAGUGUAAGGAGAUAUUUUGUAUAAUUGCAUUAGGUUGUAUAGGUUAUAAUAUUACUACGCAACUAUAGUUAAUAAUUUUAAAACUAGGUAAGUAGAAUUGUAAAAAACAGGUUCUGUCUGGUAAUUAAAGUUGAAAGAACUUUAUUUAUUUUGUUCUGAUUGGACAACUAUAGAUCGAUUUGUUUUGAAACCAUUUUAUACUGUAAGACAUCGUAACAAAUGGCAAUUUAUCGAAUAAAAUCUUUCACUAGCCAA